CCCACUUUGUACUUUCUCUAAGCUCCGGUCACUUUGUAGACAACCUCCUACAUCUCACGCCAUGGAACACCGAGAAAAUGACUACGCCAACAUGAGCAUCCCCAAUCGUGCUCCCUCGCACGCAGAGUGGAGCCCUCCACCACCACAGUUUGAGGAGCACGAUCAUAUAUACCCAGCCCAUGGGUCACCUCAUGCCAACUCCCCGCCCUCGCCGUACUCAUCGAUGCCACAUUCCCCACCACCGCCGCUAUCUCCACCUCUACAUGCCUACCAACAUUCCUCGACGCAGGAGUAUCAGCAUGGGUAUUUUAACAGCCCGUGAGUAUUCUGUCAACGCCAUUGUUUGCAAUGGAUUGGAGUAGAAUGCUUUUUCGCAUGUGCGGUUACAGCUUACUGACACCGCUCAGCGUAUCGACGGAGAAGGAAACACCCUAUGCCACGCACCCAGCGACUGGUGGUCCCACGCCGGACUAUUCUGCACCGCAAGU